AUGCCGCAGAAACUCACCAUCGCCGUCUCCCAGUCACAUACUCUGUCCUCUCUUGCUGAAACCCUCUCUGCGCUUGAGUCCACAACUCAGAAGGCGGCCCAUUCCGGCGUCGAUGUCCUCCUAUUCCCCGAAGCUUAUCUUGGGGGCUAUCCUCGUUCCUGCUCGUUCGGAAGUGUUGUCGGCUCACGUCAAGAUGUUGGUCGAGAACAGUAUCUGCGGUAUUUCAAGGAGGCGGUCGAUCUGGGAGACACACCAGCAGGAGCUGGCGACGACUGGGUAGCAAGAAAAUUACCAGCUGGAAAGGGAACGGAUGGAGGAAGGCAAUUCAGGGGGGAUGGGACAAGAGAGCACCUGGAGCAGAUUGCCAGUAAGACAGGAGUCUUCUUGGCUGUUGGCGUUGUGGAGAGAGCAGGAGGGAGCUUGUAUUGUGCGGCUGUUUAUGUGGAGCCAAGAAGAGGAAUCAUUGGAAAGAGGAGGAAAGUCAUGCCGACGGGUAGUGAACGUCUGGUAUGGGCUCAAGGCUCUCCAGCGACCCUCAAAGCAGUAACAACCGAGAUCAAAGGGGUCAAGCUGACAAUUGCUGCAGCCAUUUGUUGGGAGAACUUCAUGCCUUUGCUGCGCCAUAGUCUCUAUUCUCAGAAUGUGAACCUCUAUCUUGCCCCCACCGCAGACGCGAGAGACACGUGGCUUGCUCUCGUGAGGACAAUCGCGUGCGAAGGGAGGACAUUUGUUCUCUCCGCCAACCAAUGCAUCACUUGGGACGAUCUUCCUGAAUGGGUGGACGAUAGACAGGAGCACAAAGACUCACAGGACAAUCAAUCAAUGGUUAACGGUACCGCGGAUACAACAAUUACUAAGGAAUUGCCUGCAGAGAAAUGGGCUUGCCGAGGGGGAUCGUGCAUUGUCGGACCCAUGGGACAAGUGCUCCAAGGCCCAUUAUGGGAAACAAACGACGGCAGUAUUCUUAGUGCUGAUGUUGACUUCGAGGAUUGUGACAGAGGUCGUCUUGAUUUUGAUGCUGCUGGAAGCUACUCCAGAAACGACUCCUUCCGUCUGCAGGUCGAGGGACUGGACCUCAGCCCACCGCCAUGA